AUGGCUCCUACGUGUCACAUCCCCCCUGUUACAUCACCAAAGAGUCUACGUGCCCGUCAUCUGUACCAGACGAUAUGUGGCACAAUACCAUUCGGGCGAGAGAACAUCAUCAAGCUUUACAGCACCUUGCUGGACGAUGGCUAUGACGGCGUUGCCGAUAGCCCCGUCAAGGCUGCGGUUGAGGCGAUUGAAAAUUAUCGGGAUGAUAUACGCCGCACUGCGGAGCGUGUCCGCGAGUGGAGGGUCAAAUACGAGGCGGAGAGCGGUCGGCGGGCUAAAUUGGAGACGACGGUGCGGGAACUCACUGCCAAACUGGAAGGGUUAACGGCACAAAUUGAUCAUGAUGGAAUCAACCUAAGCCCGCUGCGCAGCCGGCCGUCCAGCCCCUUCAGCUCUUCCAACAUAAAUGACCUCUUCCACUCCUCCGGGCCGGCUAAAGAAGAAGAAGGACAAGGCCCCGAUGACCGGACCUCCGCCGUCAUCAAGAGCCUCGCUAGCCAACACACCGCUGAGCUGCAGCAGCUCAUGCAGGACUACGAGACUCAACUUGCACAGCUGCGUGUUGCGCACAAGUACGACAGGCUACGGGAUGAGAGACGCCACCUGGAGGAGUUGGAACGGUUUCGAGAAAUUGAGGGGUUACUAGUGAAGGAGGUUGAGGUCGAAAGAGAGAGGGAAGAAAGGGAAAAUCUAGAAACAAAAGUAAAGGAGGUGGCAAAGGAGGACAAAGAAAACGGUGGAGAGGAGGAGGUAAUAGAAGAGGAUAAAGAAAACGAUAUACAAGAGGAGAGGGAAGAAGAGAUGUUAUAA